GCCAGUGUAUUGGGUGGGUUCGUCUUCUCGGCGUCUGCCCUGUCCUCCACCGCGUCGUCUGUGAACAGAUCGGCACUGCACGGGAAAAGGCGACUCAACUCACUCACACCGGCGGCUGAGCGCAAAAGGCGCGAUCUCACGGCAUUUGACUUUGACGAGGAUGAGCUGGACCAGUCCAUACUCUUCCGACGGCAAAUCAUUGAGAAGAAUCAGAACAAGGGGGUCACGCCACAGAUAAGACUGCAGGAGUCAAUGAUACGAGGCCAGCCACAGGGCGUUACAGCCAACAAGUCCACCCCAACGCAACACACAGCUGGAGCUGCAGUCCCCUUGCUACAACAACCCGCACGACCCCCCGCCGCGCCACCCAAUCAAAUGCUUGCUACAGCGGCGGGAGUAAGUACCUUGGCGACAUCCAAUCAGAUGCCAGGGAUAGUGGAUAAAAAUAGAACCGAGAGCCCGGAUAGGGAACAUGAACCGAGUGUGUCUAAGAAGCCGUCGACCAAUCAAUUGGACUUUGCGUUCAACAUGCGCGUGUUCUCAUCUGAUGAGAGUUCGUCUAAUGACGACGGCGCACUGAGUGACGGGUCAACGGAACUCAACCGCCAAGCGCAUCUGAUGCUCAAUGAUAGUCCGUGACUGCGCAUAUUAUUAUCCCGAUAUGAAAUAUAUAUGUAUAUGUAUAUAUAUGUAUAUGUAUAUAUAUAUAUAUAUA